UGGAGUUCACUUCAGGAAAAAAAAACAGUUGGAGGCGAGCUGGAAAAGUGUGUUUUGUAGUUCUGUCAGGUUGUAGCAGGGAGACGGGUAAGAAACUGUUGCCAACCACGGCCAAACGUAGACAUUCCCAGCAAAGUGCUUAGCUGCUACGAAGGCCAUGGAGGCAGACAUGCCACCGCCACUGCUGGUCGGUGUGGUUGAAGGCUUCUACGGUCGCCCGUGGACUCUUGAGCAACGCGAGAAAUUGUUCUCAAGGUUAUGUGACUGGGAUAUGACAUCAUACAUGUAUGCACCCAAGGAUGACAUCAAACAUCGUGCAGGCUGGAGGGAGCAGUACACACCAACGGAAGCAGCGGGCAUUGCUCGCCUGAUCAAGGCAUGCAAGAGGAGUAACAUAGAAUUCAUCUAUGCCAUCUCUCCCGGACUGGACAUGGCUUACUCCAGUGCUAAGGAGCUGGACUUUCUGAAAGCUAAGGUUGAUCAGGUUGUUGGCCUUGGUUGCUCGGCAUUUGCACUGCUCUUUGAUGACAUAGGAGAUGACCUCAUCCCCGCCGAUGAGGCUGCCUUUGGCACGUUUGCAAACUGCCAGGCGCACGUCACCAAUGAAAUGUACCGUCACCUGAAGAUGCCGAAAACGUUUCUUUUCUGCCCAACAGAGUACUGUGCUUCGCGUGCCGUUCCGUCCGUUUCGCGCUCGUCUUACCUUCGCACUAUUGGCGAGACGUUGACCGCCGGCAUUGACGUGCUGUGGACAGGCCCGAAGGUAGUGUCCAACACUAUCAGCGUACAGUCCAUUGUCAGUGUUGGCAAGGUGCUGCAGAGACCGCCAGUCAUCUGGGACAACUUGCAUGCUAACGACUACGACCAGAGACGCCUCUUCUUGGGGCCAUAUCAGGAUCGCCCCAUCGACCUCCAUCAGCACAUCCGCGGCAUCCUCACCAAUCCCAACUGCGAGUACGAGGCGAACUACGUGGCCAUCCGCACCCUGGCCAUGUGGGCAAACGCCGCGCUGGCACGCGGCCAGGGAUUGGGAGUGGUGAAAACGCCAACACCUGCGCAAGACGACUUGUCAACCAGAUCCGAGAAGUCGUCCUCGAGUCUUGCAAUUAACGAAGAUGAGCGCUCACAGCUAUCGGAUGAUGCCGAUGACAGUCCCAUGCAGACCGAACACCGGCAUAGUCCCCUGCCAGCCACCGAGGGGCCAGAGGCCAUGGAUAGUGGAGCACCUAGAGACACAGACACCAAGGCAGUCCUGGGGGACGAACAGGCCAGCCGCGGCGAACCCGACGAUCAACAGGCUGAGUUUGAAGCGAUUGCGUACGACCCCAAGGUAGCUCUGCACGAGGCUCUGGCGGAAUGGCUGGUAGACUUCCAUCGGCCUUGCUCGUUCAAUCUCUCACCAGUACUGGCACGCCUGCAGGAAUCCGGCGAAGGCACUCCUCAAGCGGGGACAAUGUUGCAACCGAUAGCCAGCGAUAGGGGCAGCGAUACGGCAUCCCAUGGCGAGAGCUCGGCAGCCGGCACCACCACCACGGGUGAAGUGCGUUCGUCCGGAGAUGCUGUUGACUUCUCCGCCGCCGCAGCAGCUGUGUCGGCUGGUACGGAAGGUGGUGAAGGCAUCUGCCACGCGUCGCCGCGCAAGAUGGCGAAUCCGUUCUCGUUGUCUCAUCUGGAGCUUCUCGCCGAUCUGUUCUAUCUUCCGAAGGAGUAUGGCGCGCAGGGACUGGACCUGAUGGAACAGUUCCAAUGGCUGCGAGGCUUCUACCCCUGGUACUCCGACGUGGCUGACUGCUCUACAGCGUUGGACAGUGCCAACGGGGCCAGUAUGGCUGGUGUGCAUACUGACCAACAGGACACUGGCGGCGUUUGCAGUACGAGUGGGGAGCGUGCAUCCGUUGAUGCCGGUGCAAAUGUCUCUAUGAAGUGUGAUACCAGCAGUUCUACCAGCGAUGAGUUUGCGUUUGAUUCUGAUUUAUCACCAGAGGGAGAGGCUGCGUUGGCCGAUCGUCACUACAAGGAGUGGUGCUGGCACGCGCGAGAAUUCCACGCUAAGUGUGCUGCUGUGCAAGCUAUGUUUAACUCGUUGACGGAGAUUCCGAACCGCCCACUGCUGUAUGACCUGUAUACGUAUGUCUGGGAUGUGAAAGAGGUGGUCAUGAUGCUGGAUGAAUAUUUGACUUGGUUAGAGAGGAGUGACAAUGCACGCCGAGCUGGCGCUAACUUCUAUCAACCUGACGCAGAACCCUGGGUCUUCCGUGGAGGCAUGGCAGCAGAGCUAGCGCGUUUUCUCCCGGAGCCCGCUCCUUUAGUGCGUCCCGACCGUCCCAAGAGAAGCAAAUCGCCGGAUUGCUCGGUGUUCACUAUCCGCCCGUACUUGCCAUCAGACGAGCGUGCCCUGUACGAUGUGUGUUUGCGUACUGGCGACAGCGGUAAAGACGGGACUCACCUGUACCCGAACUUCCCUGAUCUGCUCGGCCAUCGCUAUGUGGGCCCGUACACUAACUUAAGUGUGGAGUUUGCCUAUAUCGUGGAAGACUCAGACGGUGUAUGUGGCUACGUUCUCGGUGCGCUGGACUCUAACUUCUUCUACAAGCGCUAUCGAGCGGAAUGGGUCCCUGCUAUCAUCAAGAAGUACUCGCACAUCGCCUCGCGUCCAGACCUGACCGAAUCGGAGAAAACGUUGUGGAAGGAUUUAGUUGAAGGCGAGCCUUUCCACCCCGCUGAACUGGUCGACGAUUACCCAUCUCACCUUCACAUCGACUUGAUCCCGCGUGCUCAGGGCAAAGGAUUGGGCAAGCGCAUGAUGCACUGCCUACUGAAAGCGCUGCGCUCUAAAGGCUCCCGUGGCGUACACCUGGAGAUGAGCUCUACCAACAGCCAUGCGCUGGGUUUCUACAAGAAGCUGGACUUUGCUGAGGCCGCGCUCAGUAUGGCCCAGCCAGAGGGCAGUCUUAUUCUCUGCAAGUCCCUGUAGUGGUGGGCGACUCGAGUGUGCUCUUCUCCCUUGCAGAUGUCCCCUGGUCUGCUAGUGUGAAUUGUUUUUCAAUUGUGAUUUUAGAACCCGAAAGGAUUCGGGAUUUUUACUUGGUGUCAGGGUGUGACACGGCUGGCACGCUGGUGCCGCUAGGGAAGCUGCUUCACCGCCGUGUACAUGGCUUGGAGGUAAAACAAAACUGUAUUGUCCCCGAUCUAAAUGUUACUGCCCGUGUCCAAAGUUCGCUGAUUCUCAUUAGUGUUUUUCAACGCAUGCAGGAGAUAGGUGUUCUGACACAUUCCUUUGCCACUGUCACUGCCAGGUUUCAUGUAUUUAUCAAAAUUCAAAAGUAUAGGUCCACAGAUUCUGUCAACUUUUGUUUAAUUCCCCUAGCUGGGUGUUUCCCCUGAGGGGUUGUAGUAUUUGUCUUUAAAUUAAAAUCGUUUCCAUCUACGAGGGGCGUGCCAGCCAUCGCUGUAUUUAUAGAUUGUUAUUUUUCCGGUUUGUCACUUGACGGCAUUUUUUGGCUGGGCUUCCAGCGUGGGCCGUGCGAGCCGCCACCGUAUUUUAUAUAAAGUGUUGUUUUUCAGUUUGUUACGUGAUAGGGUUUUUUUGUGGCUGUGUUUCCAGCGUGAUCACUACUAGCGAACAUUA